UUUUAGCGCAAGUGAUUUAGUAUAAAAGCCUUAAAUUCUAGGUUUAGUGAGUUUCGAGUUAUUGAGUGGUUACCGUGGUUUUGUACAAAAUGGCAAACGUUCCAAAAGUAAAACUAAAUAAUGGAUUAGAAAUGCCGGGUUUUGGAUUAGGAACGUACUUGUCCACAUCAAAUGAAAUUGCUGAAGCAGUUAAGUAUGCCAUUGACAGAGGUUAUCGUCACUUCGAUACAGCUUACUUCUAUCAAAACGAAAGGGAUGUUGGUGGCGCAAUAAAGGAAAAAAUCUCGGAAGGAAUUGUGAAGCGAGAGGAUAUCUUUUUAACUACAAAAUUAUGGUGCAUCCACCACGAACCCUCAAGGGUGGAAUAUGCCUGUCGGAAAUCACUGGAAAAUCUAGGCCUAGAUUAUAUCGACUUAUAUUUGAUGCAUUUUCCUGUUGGAUUUUCUUACGUCGAUGAAAAUACUUUGGUACCUUUCAAAGAAGGCACGUAUAAUGUCAUAACAAAUGAUGUUGACUAUUUAGACACUUGGAAAGCAAUGGAAGCCUUAGUGAAAAAAGGUCUGGUACGAAGUAUUGGUUUGUCGAAUUUCAAUGCCGAACAAACAGAACGAGUCCUGAAAAAUUGUGAAAUUAAACCAGUAACAAAUCAGGUUGAGUGCAACAUCGAAUUAAAUCAGAAAAAGUUAAUAGAAUUCAGUAAACAACGUGAUGUAGUGAUCACAUCUUUCUGCCCGUUAGCACGCCCCAACCCCAAAGAAAGGAAACCAUCUUUCCUAUAUGAAAACCCUACAAAGGCUAUCGCUGAGAAGCAUAACAAAACCCCAGCACAAGUUGCCUUACGAUAUGUGUUACAACUUGGUACGGUACCAAUUCCGAAAUCUAUAACGAAAUCAAGGAUUGAUGAGAAUAUUGAAAUUUUCGAUUUUGAACUCUCUCCCGAGGAAAUGAAGGUCUUGGAUUCACUAGAAACUGGAAAUCGCAUUGCAGCAUUUUCGAAAAUCGUUGAUAAUGACCACCCCUACUUCCCGUUCAAAGCUGAAUUUUAAAUUUUAUUACUCAACCCCUUUAUGUAGGAAAUAAACUUUGAUUGUU